UAGGACCGCCCUUCUUCAUUCCACCAAAUGACUGCAGUUAGACUCAUAUCUCACCGCAGUCCUAAAUCAGGAAAACACCAUCAGCCAUGUCCGCCGUCAGCAGCUCAAACACAGCCUUUGCCUUGGAGCUGUUCGGCACUCUGAGCCAGACAAACCCUGCUGGAAACAUCUUUGUCUCUCCUCUGAGCAUCAGCUCAGCCCUGGCCAUGGUCUACCUGGGAGCUAAAGGAGACACUGCAGCUCAGAUGGCUCAGGCCCUCUCAUUCAGAUCAGGUGAAGGCGUCCAUGCAGACUUCCAGAAACUGAACGCUGACAUCAACUCACCAUGUGCAUCCUACAUCCUGAAACUAGCCAACCGUCUUUAUGGAGAAAACACUGCCCACUUCCUCCCAGACUUCCUUGAAGCCACACAGAAGUACUACCAGGCAGACCUGAAGGCUGUGGACUUCAUCGGAGCUCCAGAGGCGUGCAGAGCAGAGAUCAACAGCUGGGUCGAGCAGCAGACAGAAAAUAAGAUAAAAGACCUUCUGAAGCCAGGAACAGUCAACGCAGAUACCAGACUGGCUCUGGUCAAUGCUGUCUACUUCAAGGGCAACUGGAGGAACCCAUUUGAUGAGGCAAACACCAAAGAGAUGCCCUUUAAAAUCAAAAAGAAUGAGACCGUACCAGUCCAGAUGAUGCACCAGAGGAAGAAGCUUCCCUACAACUACAUUCCUGACCAUGAUUUGCAGAUCCUGGAGCUGCCCUAUGUGGGUGAGGAGCUCAGCAUGUUCAUUCUGCUGCCUAAGGAGUCCUCAGACGGCUCAGACCCUCUGCUGAAGCUGGAGAAGGAGCUAACACAGGAGAGGCUGAAUGAAUGGACCGACAGGAAAAACAUGGAAGAUGAUUCAGAAGUUGUCCUUCACCUGCCAAAGUUCAAGCUGGAGGAAGACUACGAGCUGAAUGAUCCUCUGGCUAAACUGGGUAUGAAGGACGUGUUCUGUUCAGGAAGGGCUGACCUGUCUGGCAUGAACGGUGAAGGGAGGCUCUUCCUGUCUACGGUGGCCCACAAGGCCUUUGUGGAGGUUAAUGAGGAGGGCACGGAGGCUGCUGCAGCCACAGGUGCUGUGAUCAAGCUACUUUGUUAUAUACCGGACACACACUUCAGAGCAGAUCACCCCUUCCUCUUCUUCAUCAGACACAAUAAGACCAAGUCCAUCCUGUUCUUUGGCAGAUUCUCAUCUCCUCAGUAGACAGAAGCAGCAGAGAAAGAUGAUGUUGCAAUUCAAAUAAAAAAAAUCUCUGAAAUAAAGCAAAUUGAGUUUUGUAUUGUGAUGUUUUGCUAAUUACGAACUCUAUUUUUCAUUACAUUUUUUUAAAUAAAAUAGAUGGUAUUUGUAUAAAAGCACAAGUUCUAGCAGAUUUGGAGAACAUGGGUACUGUGUCCUCCAGACUGAAGAGGAAAAUCCAACUUAUUAUCAAGAGUCUGCAUCUCUGAUGGUAUGAUGGUGCAUUAGUAUCUAUGGAACGGGCAGCUGAUAACGAAUAACCAUAACGAGAAAGGGCAGGAGCAAACACCAUGAUGUACACUGACGGGAGACUAUCAAAGUAAAACAGGAAGUACACCGAGACACAGACUGGAGGGGGAGAGAGAACACGAGGGAGAGCAGAGACAUGACAGGCAGGGGAAACAUGAUGGAACAAAACAGGGAGAGGAAACAAAGCACAAGAACUCACAAUUCAAUAAAGGAAGACAUACAGAGGGCAAAGACACAAGGGGGAAUCUAAUAAACUAAACAGAACAACCUAGGAACCAUAGAAUAAAUCCUUAAAAUAACAAAUAAACUUAACAUAAUACAAAAACACAAGAAAACUGAGAACACUGGGUCAAAAUGACCCAGGACCAUGACAUAGAAUCUGAGAACGGACAAAAAUCUAGCAGCUGUUCUCAUCACAUGUUUACACACCGUUGUUAAAAGAAGAGGGAAUGCUACACAGUGGAAAACACGACUCUGCCAUCAUAUUUGAAGACCUUUCUUGCUUAAAAUUAUCAAUUUUUCUCAGU